CUCAGCUCCAAAUUCUAGGGUAUAAAUAGCCCCAAAUUUGUUCGCUGACUUUGCUCCCAAACGUUAUCGAGCCAAACGUUAACGAGAAAAGCAGCAGCAGAAAGAGAGGAAAGAGUUGCUCGCAACGUCGCCACCCGAUUCAUCGCACUCAGCAAGCAAGAAUGGCGACGUUCGAACUGUACCGGAGGUCGACGAUUGGAAUGUGCCUUACUGAGACUUUGGAUGAGAUGGUUCAGAAUGGUACUCUUAGCCCUGAGAUCGCUAUUCAGGUCCUUGUCCAGUUCGACAAGUCUAUGACAGAAGCUCUGGAAACUGAUGUUAAGAGCAAAGUCUCAAUUAAGGGCCAUCUACAUACUUACAGAUUCUGUGACAAUGUUUGGACCUUCAUUCUACAAGAUGCUAAGUUUAAGAAUGAAGAUUGCCUAGAGCAUGUGGGACGGGUUAAAAUAGUGGCAUGUGACUCGAAGUUGCUUUCGCAGUAGUCGUCCGCCUCCUUGUCAGCAAGUUCCGUCACCCGCUGGUGCUAUUUAUGGGAAUGAUGGAAAAUCCCUUGUCGCGGAUGGUCUAAAUUGUAUCAAGUACUUGCAAUUAUGGGACGUUUAAGAUUUUAUGCCAUCAACCUUGACAUCUUUAGGAGUUUGAUGUUACAGUGAGAAUACUCAAUGGGUAUUAGAUGAAUCUACUUUUCACUUUUUUC